CAAACAUGGCGAAGGAUCUAUGGCAACUGUGAACUUAAUCAAAAGCGUUGUGAAGUGAGAACUUGUGUUCACCUUGUGAUUAUCAUAACUUAUACUCUGAGAAGCCAUGGAGAAAACUAUUCUGUUGUAUCAAGAUGUCACGUAAUCUCUUGUUUGCAAGGCAAGGAAGAUAAAGUUUAUCAGUUCGGAGAAUUCUUAAGCACGAGAGCAGGAAGGCUAUUAUAAGCUCAUCAAGAAUGGGAGAUAACGCCAAGCCCCUUCGCUUCACAAUUGAAAUCUUCAAUGCCCAAUUUGUAUCUUCAGGAAGCUACUUUUUGAUGUUAAGAAUAGUUGGAAGCAAAGUGAAACGGUCUAAAGUCAAGCUGUACGUGGGCAAUUCUGAUUUACCUUUGGAGGAUCACCAGUUUACUACAGAUGCAUGUUUCGAAGAUGGGGAUCCUGAGACUUUGAUGACUUUCACAGACUCAGUAAUCACCUUUUGGUUGCCUCCUGAGAGUGCAGAUGGGGAUAUUCAACUCAUAAUAGAAGCAUAUCGUCUUCCAGAGAAUCCCAUGCAUGAAGGUGACAAGUGUGGAGAGGCUGUUUUUAGUGUCUUCCCACGGAGGCGUGCAUUAUUUUCAGCCGUGCGACAGUCAACACCAUCAACUAAAGAUUCUAAUGAACUAUACCAGUUUGAGACCAACAUUACACUGAAUCAAGCCCAGGAAGAUCAGGGACUUUGGAUCACUUGUGGUACGAUCAGGGUAGCCAUGCGGCUUGUAUUUGAAGAGGAAGCAGAGCAACCAAAACCUCCUAAGAAGCCACAAACACUUCCAAUUUCUAAAGAACCUAAACCAGGUCCUUCAACUACACCAGAUACUCCAGCAGGGUUUAAAACAAUCCAGGAGUCUGCCCUUGGUUCACAUGUCAACAGUAUACCUGUGCAUCAUCUGUGUGGGAGUAACACAGCAAGAGAAGGAAAAUGUGAAGUGGCAGUUCUUAUUCAUGGUGCUCUGGGACUGCCAAUGAAAUCUGAUGGAAGGGCUCCUCAGCCGUACAUUGUGGGGAAGUCCAGGAGAGCAGUGACAGAGAUGCAAAUGGGUCAGUCAGUUACCCAUGCUGUCAUUCAACCAACGCACUCUCCAUCUUGGGAGGAAUUGCUGCUGACUGAGGUUCAUAAGGAUGAAGCUAACGAUGAAGCUGUUAUCUUGCUGAUGGCAGACCAUCCUAGUAAAGAGUUACUGACAGAGUAUAAGGUGCCACUCAGCCAUCUGAAGCCUUUUCAUCAAUAUCAUUUGGAGUUGGUUCAGCCCAACUCAGAACUUAGUGGUGACACAAGACUGUACAUCACACUGAUGAAGAAACUGGACAUGUUACCUCUUCCAUCUGUAGAGGAAAAAAUUUAUGGCUUAGAGUAUCAGCUCAGCCCAGACCAGCUGGGGUAACAGUGACUACCAUUCACUUCCCAUCUCCUCACCCAACAUCGUUUGCCAUAGCAGGAGCCGUAAAUGAGUUUGGAGCUCCACAACUAACAACUGCUGCUGAGCCCCAGGAACAGCCUCAGUGGAACCAGACUCUCUUUUUUCUUGGGGAUAAAUCAAGUUUGUUCACUGCUGAAUCAGCCUUGGUUUUAGAAUAUUAUCCAGCUUCACUUGCAAUGUCCAGAGACUGUUGGCAGCUAACAAGCCCUGUUUGUUACUCCUACCAAACAAUGGAUCAGUUGCUGCUGUCUAGCCUGCAGUGGGACAGUGCAAAAAUGGGCCUAAGGGUGGACAAUCUGCCAGUUGAGGGUUCCAAUCUGAGAACUGCGGUUGGCUUAGGUCCUACAGUUAGCAUUGUACUCAGACUUGUCACAGAUGAGAAACCUGACCAGCUGUGGUCUGCUGCCCACUUGUCCUCAUUACCGGUUUUCAGGGAAGGACCUCAAAUAUCAGAUGAUGGAGAGCCCUUACAGUCAGAGAAUAUGAGGAAGGCAGAACAGACACACUAUGGUCUUCCUCCAAUGAAUGCGGUCAAGACAAUUUUGCCACAGUUUCAUUCUUUAUACACUGCACCAAGAACUCUACCUGUAAAAGAGUAUGUCCCACUGGGGAAAUUAUCACCUCAACAAGGAACAAAUGAUGCCUCAGGAUCAAGUCAGAUUCCUCUGGAGGUCAGAGGCAAGCUUGACGCCAACAGCCUUGCUGUCAUGGAUUACCAAAUGAAGGAGGUGGAUCGCUACAGAACAGCAAUGAGGAAGAUGGCAGCCGAUCUCCUGCAUGUGCGAGAGGAUUGCAAACGUUUAGAGGAAGCCAACAGUAGGCUAAGGAGAGAGUUGGGCCAACAUGACGAGAUAUCCAGGUUGAUGGUCAGCUCCAAAGACUUGGAUAAUGUAACACAUUCUGAGCUGGUACAGAAAUUUGUGCUUUUGAAAAAGAAGUUGGCAGAUGAAUCCGCAAAGAAACAAGAAAUGAAUUCAAGACUUCAGCAUCUUCAGAAUGAUCUUAUCAAGAAAAAUGAGAUGGAGAAGGAUUUUUUGAAACUACAAGAAGCUCACGAAGGGCAGCAGGCACUUCUACAAAAGUUACAGGGAAAGGUACAGAAGGCACAGACGAUUCAAGAUACCUGCAAAAAACAAGAAAAGGUUAUUGUGCAACUUGAGCAGCUUUUGGCCAAAAAAGGAAAGGGACCUUACAAUGGAGUCUCUACAGAAACUGGCGAGUCUUACAGAACACUCAAUGAAGAGAACAUCAGACUACAGGCAGAGGUUUUGCAGUACAAGGAGCAGUUGAAAGCAGCGGAAGCCAAGCUGAAGAAGCCAAGAUCUCCAGGAGAACAACAAGUGAUUGGUACCAGUAACGGACCGAUGUCAGAUAUGGAACGACUGGAACUUUUUGAAAAACUGGAGAAAGCAGAGGGACGGAUUGUUGCUCUUGAAAAACAGUUGGCAGAUAACGUCAGAAAAUGGGCAAAGGAUAAAGCCGAGCUACAGAUGAAAUUAAACGAAAGUCAGGUCGCCCAGAGGACAGGAUACAAAAAUUCGUCCACAGCUAUUGAUGUUCUAGACUGGCAUAAUGGAUCCAAGCCAAAUUCACCUUCAAGACAUUUGGGUCCGCGAAGACGGUCACCUAAACUGGAUCCUUUGGAGAGAAGAUAGCAAUUAGAACCGAGCCAGUCUUAAUGGAUGAUUUCCUGAUGAGAGGACACUGGGUCCCAGCUAGGCAACAAUUAUCCCGAACGCAUUGUUCAUCUCAAUCAAGAUCUGAAUUUAAAUUUUCGUGACUAAACUGUGCCUUCUUUGUCGUGUAUUCCUCAGAAUUUGUUUUUAAUGCCUGGAUAGUAAUCCCAGACUUGAUAAGAGCGUUCUUCAAUUGAUUGUCGUAAAUCCAAAACUAAAGUGAGAAAAACUGCCCGCGAUAAGAACAAAGGAAACUAACACAGAGAGGAGGCAAUGAGAGCUCGAGGUAGAAACAAAUGAAUUGCCAAAAGUGCGGAAAACGUCAGUAACCAGGUUGAGAUUGGUGUUUGUUUUGCAUCUGAUUGGUUGAGAGAAUGGCGCGAGUGUUCUAGACCAAUCACAGGAGGAAGUAAAGCAAAACCGAAAGUAAUCUCGGAUUUCUUUCGACUCUCAGUUGAAAAUUACUCUGUAUCUUGACUAUCAUCACUUGUUUGAUUAGCCUUUGUGAGGUUAAUUGGCACAAUUAUCCUACCUUGUAAUCAGGAAUAAGAAUAAGUCAGUUAAGCCUUCUUUUCGGCUUAACUCAAAGGCCUACGACUUGUGUUGUCAAGAAUUUCUUAGGACUCACUGAAAUUUCCUUAAUCCAAGAAUUGGCGUGUUAGAAGACUGAUACGCUUACGAUCUGUGUGCUCUACUACAGCUCUUUAAAACAACCGGUUUACCAUUGUGGAAGUCGGAAAUGAUUAUCGUAGCGAGGAAUUCCACAAUUUCGUUGAUUAAAAGGUUUUUGUGCUGCUAAGAAGGUUGACAUGACAGUCAGUUCUCAAACAUGAUGUAUAAUUUCAUGUAAGUUAAUUUGAUCGAAGUGUCGAAAUGUGUUUUAUUAAAAAAAUUAUAUUCCAUCAACUAAAGGAUGGAAUAGGGGUGGACAUUUUUCCGGGCUCUAUCACGUGAUAAAGCCACGCGAGAUGUCAGGAGAACUCGAGGAAAGGUUAUAAAUCACGAUUCGAGGGCAAGUGAUUUAUAAGCUUUACGAAUAGUACGAUUUUUUUGAAACCGUGUGGCUGUGUGUUCCCGACCAUCGCGUCCUAUUUAGGUUGAAAUUUUCAACACUUACUGGUCAUACGAUAGAAUACUUAUUGACUGAGUUUAGUCGGGCCGGACGGGAAAAUAUUUGGCUCUCCGUCAUGAGGGACGGACCUAGCUGCGCUCGGUCUUUACUUCAUGACCCCGAGCAAACUAUUUUCCUGUUCGCCCCUCUAACUUAGUCUAUAGGGACAUAAACAGAAGUAAAAGACCACAGAUGACGUCAAAUAGUACGUGUUAGAACAAAACAGUGGAAGAGGCGUAGUCGAGGCUCCUCCGGAAACAAUAAAUUUAGAUCGGGAAUUCGGCGUUUAUUUAGGUUGAAACAUAAAGGGUUUCUAAACAUGAUGAAAGAAAACUCCAAGGAAAGUAUAAUGAUCGACGAAAUGGUUACCUCAGGGAAUUAUAUUCGACUUUGAGCAUGUCCGAUAGUUGAAAGGCGAUCUCGUAUCUUCGGAGAAUUAGACUAUGAGAAUGUCUGGAAACUUCCGUAAGAUUUUAAUGCGGAGAAGAGGGAUCCAUAGCAAUGGUAACAAGGCGGGCCGAUAUCUCACUACUACGCUUUCUUAACUACAUGAAGCUGUCUUGAACCGCUGGACAGAUCGUAGAGUAAAUCCGUAGGCAAAAUCUCCAUAUGACUGUUCACGUGGGUUGAGGCGCCUGUUCGAGUUACAUCAUAGGCGGCCCAAGCAUACUGUGUAUGACUUUGGGUUGUAAAGUUUAUUAACGGCAAUAACUAACUUAUUUAAAAGAUCGAAUUUCAAGCGUACGUGUGGGCCGU